AAAUAGAGAAUAUCUUUGCUGUAGCUGCGGGUCUGGUGGUGGUCUGUGAAUUCAUGGUUUCUACCGAUAGAGCCCGACUUGUAGCCACAAAACGGGUGACACUGGCUGUCAAAUCGACUCCAUAGGCUGAAUGUUUCAGAGCUGAUCUUUGCAGUAAGCACAACCAUGGGUGUGGAAGUCGAGACUAUAUCUCCCGGUGAUGGAAGAACAUUUCCAAAGAAGGGCCAGACAUGUGUUGUUCAUUACAUAGGUAUGCUGCAGAAUGGGAAGAAGUUUGACUCGUCUCGAGACAGGAACAAGCCCUUUAAGUUCAAGAUCGGACGGGCGGAGGUCAUUAAGGGCUGGGAUGAAGGAGUAACACAGAUGAGCCUGGGCCAGAGGGCAAAAAUUACCUGCACACCAGAUCUGGCUUAUGGCGCGACAGGACAUCCCGGGGUCAUCCCUCCGAACGCCACACUUAUAUUCGACGUUGAACUGCUCAAGCUGGAGUGACGCCUCGGGUCAAACACGAAAAGCUUAAUGAGGCUGCGAUCGCCACAAGCUGUUUCCACGGGGGGAGACCAUACUCACACGGCUGCUGCCUCCCAACGUCCAGCCGCUCUUCUUCUUUGAUUUAUACAGUCUACUUUUAGUUCAAUAUUUAAACAUACCUAAUGCUGCUUUUAAUGCCACCUUGUUGUCAUAGAUAAUGCAAGACAAUUGUUGUUGUUUGUCGGAGAUGCUUUUUUUGUUUAAUUCCGUUUUAAAGUUGUACAUUUUGUUGAACCAUGAGGAAAUCAGUCAUCUGACAAAAGGCUGUAAUACAUAGCAAUCAUAACUUUUUACUGCCUUACAGAUUCAACAACAGGAGGAAGGGUACGUAUGUUGAAAGUCAAUAAGUUCUGCUCUGUAUCUUAACUGGGCAUUAUAUACACCACUGUCUGCAUUGCCACUUUGAUAAAGGUUUGUCCUGCUGAAUGCUCUGAAUGAUGCUAUGUUUAGUAUAUUUUAUAUCCCUCAUACACAUUUACUGCAAGUGUACUCUAUCCAAUCUAACCCAGUCUGAUACUGUACAGAACUCUAUAAGAGCCGUUGCUGUUAUUAUGACAGUCUGUCGACCAACUCUUGAAUAAAAAUGGCAUGUACUGUGUUGAGAAAA